AUCAGCUCACAGUAAUAUCACAGAGGUUCAGUAUUUAGUCAGUAUCUUGUUUUCUCCUUUCUCCAGCUCUGCUUUGACUGUUCACCCGAGGAACAUGUUGAAGCUCCAGAGUCUGAAGGUUUUCAUCAACCAGCGGCUGACGGCGGCAGUGGAGGAGGUGAUGGGCCGUUUAGAGAAAGCUAUAACCGAGUAUGAGGAGGAGAUGGAGAGCCGCCAUCAGAGGCUGCUGGACUCGGCUUCAAGACCCGAGGACGAGCAGCGAAGUGCAGUGUUUUCUGCAGAUGUGCAGCAGCAGCUGGUGAUUAAAGAAGAGGUUCUGUCUGAGCAGCAGGAGUGGAGUCCCAGUCUUGACCAGGAGGACCCGGGGUGGCCACACAUUAAAGUGGAAAAACAGGAUUUCUGGACUAGUCAGGAGGUCAGGGGUCAGGUUCAAGGACUGCAUGAGGAUGACAGCGCCAGGUCCUUGGACUCUCAUAUCCAUGUGAAGGGAGUACAUGAAGAGACGUUUCAGUCCUCACAGCUUCAUCACAGACUGGAGGCUCCAGCCUGCAGCUCAGCCGAACACAUGAAAACAGAGGCUGAUGGAGAGGACUAUGGAGCACCAGAACCAGACAGGAUCUUAAUAUCUGGUUUUAAAUCUCUAUCUGGAUCUGAUGAUAAGGCCUCACACUCUUCUGAAGCUGAGACUGAAGACAGUGGUGAUGACUGGAAGAAGAUGAGGAAACCUCAGACAGUAAAUACUGUGGAAAAUAAAGUUCCUGUCAGUGAUGCAGGACCUAACACCAGCAUUAAAUCCUUCAGCUGCUCAAAAUGUGGGAAAAGGUUUGGACAGAAGCAUCAUUUACAGACACACAUGAGAUGUCACACCGGAGAGAAACCCUUCAGUUGUUCUCUUUGUGGUAAGAGAUUCACUCAGAAGGGAAAUCUGACUCAACACCUGACCGUCCACACACGGGAGAAACCAUGUAACUGUCCUGUUUGUGGGGAGCGGUUUUCACAGAAAGGAAACCUGACGCAGCACAUGACGGUGCACACACGGGAGAAACUGUGUUGGUGAGAGACUGACACAGAAGACUGAGCUGCAUUCAUCACAACAGCUGUUUGUUGGUUUUCAGCAGCAGUGAAGUAACUCACUUUGUUACAUCCAGCUCAGGACUUUCACAUAGCUAAGGUACUGCAGUAACAGCACUGACAUGCCUCUGUGGCUCAGGACUGUAAAUGUGCAGUUACAGGCACAAGUUGUUCUAGAAGUUACUGGGUCAUAUGUUCCUUUUUGUUUUUGUCUUAAAGUUCAACCUUUGUGUAUCAUGUGGGGAGGGGGUCCAAGGUUUACCUCUCAACAUCUGCAAAGUAACAGCAGCUCACAGAUGUAUCAUUACAUUGUGUUGAGACACACACAACACAUUACUACAACCUGAAAAAUGAGUGCCAUACUAUAUUCAUUAAAUAUAUGACAGAAAAGGAAACAGCUGUAAAUUGAUGAGAUUCAAAUGUUGAUAAUGAAAGUUUCAGCUUUGUAAAAUGUGUUAUGUUAAAUGACCAAGACCAGGUCAUACAUAAUACAGUUUGUAUUGAGAGCCACAGCCCACAGUGAGAACAUAGUGUAUCAGCAUGAAGACUCACAGUAUGUGGACUCCUGAGUGUUCAGCCCAUGUGUGAGAGUUGGGCCUGUGGGCCUGUGGUCCCUUCAUUAAACGCCUCUAUAAGCACUCAGGUCAAUGAUGGCAUCGUACCUCAAUAAGAAGUCAGAUGAAUUAUUGUUUGUUCCAGCUGAACUGUUGAUAUUUCGUCGUCUAGUUUCUCUUCAUUCUCUGUGAAGUGAAAUUAAUGACGUCACUCAGGCCUCGAGUCAUUUUAACAAGACCUUUUUUUUCUUUAACAGCUUGACUUCCAUCAGCAUGAUUUCAUCUUCAAACCAGCUGAAGUCCUCACAGGUCUGCAGGUCUCUGACUCACCAGUCGUUAGCACAACCACUUCAUAUGUCAACUGUUUCUAAGGGGCUGGUUGAUUUUACCUGAGAUCAUUAUCAUAAUUAACUGUCACAUUUACCUCAGUAAUGAAACAAUCUCACAGUGGAGCUGCUGUGAAUUCUUUCUAGUGUUUCUAGAACACAGGAAAUCAUGGAUCAUGACUGAAGAACAUUUAACAGGAAAAACAAACGAGCUGUUUCACAUCUAUUGGCUGUAAGAUCAGUUUUGAUUAGAUUUAAAUAACUUGUGUUAUCUCACAUGUUUGAUGUAAUGACAGUAUCUGAUCAUUACAGUGAGAUUAUUUUACAUGCUCAUGG